AUGCAGGCGGUGUCAGUCAACGAGAACAAAAACACGGUGGUGCUACAGGCGAAGCACCAGGACGAGGAAGGUCGGAAAGCUGUUGAUAAGUUCGAGCUAAAGACUCGCAAUCCGGAGACGAUCAAGCAAGUGGAGCGGAAGCUGAUGGGAAAAGGCGUCCAGCGGAUGGAUAGGCAUUCUUCCGAUGGGAUUCCGCUCAAGCGGCCGCCGUCUAAGUCCGGCCACGGUGGGAAGUACACGUGGGAAGGUGCUGAUCGGGUGGAGGAUUACGAGAUGCAGCCAGAUCCGCCGGCGAUGGACGAAGGAGAUCCCAACUACGACGAGGACCAGACGAAGAAGACGCUCGGUGAUGACGUGGCGGUGGAUCUUGUGAAAGGAGAGGUCGAAGUGGCGAAGGAGGCGCCGGCGGGUGUGGCGAGGAUUGAGGUUGAUCCUCGCUUGAUCACUCCUUAA